AUGGCGGUACGCGAACUUUUUGAAAUUGCAACAAUUACAUCGGCUUCUUGCGCCAAGAUGAUCUAUAUGCGAAGCUGGUAAAUAUUGGCGCGGGGUGAUGCAUUGUUUUGCUGGCGCGAAACAGGAGCAUGCAUACAUUGGGCUACAGAGAGUGUUGCGUUAGCCCAUGUCCAUGGGCUGGCGGGUGGUGGUGGUGUUGUGCUAUUGAAGUCUUCUUCAGACGCACGCCCGCACCCAAGGUGCAUAUUAAUCAGGAAGAUUGAUUUAGCCCUCAAAUGUUUACAGCAGCAAGCAGCAACGUAGUAGAGUUCUUCCGAAUGACUUUGACGUGGAUUACACACUGACCUACCUCGCGCACGGGGCUCGAACGCGAUUGCCUAUUAAUGAGAUUUCAAAAUAUAAAAGUCUAGUUAUUGUUCAGAACCACCAUCAGUCUUCGCUGGAUCGCAGCAGGGUAAGAUAAUCCGUCCACAACUGACAAUGCAUCGAUACGUAGCGCUGGUAGCCGUUCUGGCCGUCUCGGUAGCCGCCGAAGCUCCCUAUCCUGCAUCCGGAUGGCGUCCGGAAGGGGCACAGUUCCGCUUGCCAACGGAAUACGGUGCACCGUUGCUGUUGCUCCAGCCGCAGCCUCGCCGUGUUGAGGUACAAAUUACUCGCGAAAACGUACAGUUUGCAGGGCGUCAGAUCGCCCAAGAGCAGGUGCCCGUUACAACCACCACCGUUGAACCAGUGACGCAGACGACUCCGGUCACAACAACGACCACCGAGCAGGCGGAUCUGGAUCUACUCAAGGUACAAGGACUCCCGUCGGACCAACGCAAAGACUUCCAGCAGCGUGCCAAUCUCCGUCAGCAGGUCGUAAAUCGUCCGCUUCCCGCCAACAUUGCCCAGCGUCCACUGUUCCCGGUGAGUGGACAACUUCGUGCCCUGCCGGCCGUACGAGGACCUGUAUUCCAGCAACAGGUGGCUCAGCAACCGCAAGCUGUGCCGGCUGAAACCUACGGUCCACCGGAGCAGGAAGAAGAGCAGCAGCAGCCGGAAGAGCUACCCGCUACCACUGAGCAGCCUCAGGUGCCGCAAGACGAAGGCGACGAUGACUACGACGAGGAUGACGCCGGACGUACGGUGGUGGCCGUUUCCAACGCAUUCUCCGGGCAGUACUACAUUCUGGCACCGGACAACACCCUGCAGCGCGUCAUCUACAGUACCAUGGUCACGGAUGAGGAUCGUCAGGUGAAUGGGUUUUCCGCCCAGCUGAAGUACUCACCGGUGGAUCCUAUCCGCGAUCCGGUCUACACGUACGACGAACAGGGACAGCUGGUUCGCAUCUACAAGAAGUGAGAGAUGUUUAACGAUUCACGGCAUUGAUGCGUAUCUAAAAGCAAUGGCUACCUUUUUUGUUGAAUAUUUUAAAGUUUUUGAGUUUUUGGCGAUGAAGUUCUGUAAAAAAAACGCAAUAAAUCAAGCAAUUGUUGGAAAACAACAAA